UCUACCCGAUUGAUUGAUCUCUCCAUCAUGGCUGUAGUGAAAUUGCUAGGAGCUUGGACUAGUCCAUAUUGUUACAGAGUAAUUUGGGCUCUGAAACUCAAAGGCAUACCCUAUGAAUACAUAGAAGAAGAUCUCCUUAGUAAGAGCCCCUUGCUUCUUCAGUAUAAUCCAGUUCAUAAGAAGAUUCCUGUGCUUGUUCAUGAUGGAAAACCAAUAUGUGAGUCCACCAUUAUUCUUCAAUACAUUGAAGAGAUAUGGCCACAACCUUCCUUGCUGCCAAGUGAUCCCUACGAGAGGGCAAUGGCUCGUUUUUGGAUUAAAUUUGCUGAUGAUAAGAGUCCCUCAAUCUCAAAGAUGUAUCGAACCAGCGGCGAAGAGCAGGAGAAGGCAGUCAAGGAUGUCCUGGAAAUGUUAGAAACCAUUGAAGAACAUGGCCUGAUCGGAGGGAAGAAAUUCUAUGGGGGAGACAAGAUUAGCAUGGUGGACAUGGUUGGUGCAGUUGCUCACUGGCUGGGAGUUAUUGAAGACGCAGCAGGGCUAAAAAUAUUUGAAGCACACAAGUUCCCUCGUUUGCAGUCAUGGAUCCAAAAUUUCAAGGAAGUUCCUAUAAUUAAAGAAAACCGCCCUGAUCGUGAUAAGAUGUUUGCUUUAUUAAAGCGUCGUAGAGAGAUGUUGCUGGCAUCUAAAUGAAACUAGCAUCAGGAACGUUGCCUUUUAAUACUCUAUGUUUCAUUUAUUAUGUUAUGGAUAUUAGCAAAAUGAUACAAUGGUAUGUCUCUGCCUUGAUUACCUGGUGUGGUACUAUGUAAUGGAAUCUUAAUUAAUCCAAACA